CUUUCCCUCCCAAUCAAAUUACUACUUUUACUAUAUAAUCUUAACCCUUCUUCCACCGUCUCCUCCCAUUAAAAUAACAUUACCCAAUCUCAUUUUUCAAUUCAAUUUCAAAUACCUAGUGAAGUGUCUUCACUUCUUCUUUCUCAUUAGCAUUUUCACAAACAUGUCACCUACACCAAUUCUUCUUCUUCUUCUCGUUCUUUUUCUAUCUUUUUUCUUUUCACUUAUAGUAAGUGAACAAAAUGGAGAAUUUGAAACACUAAACACAAAAUUCAACCCAAAACUUCCACUACCACCACUGAAAACACUAUCAUCAUCAAAACGUUAUGAAGGAUCUUCCGAUCUAGUCAAACUCAAGUACCAUAUGGGUCCAGUUUUAUCUUCUCCGAUCAAUAUCUACCUUAUCUGGUACGGUAACUGGCCAAAACCACACAAAUCUCUCAUCAAAGAUUUUCUCAAUUCAAUCUCCGAUACAACCGUACCUCACCCCUCCGUCUCCGACUGGUGGCGUACCGUUACACUUUACACCGAUCAAACCGGUGCUAACAUCUCCAAAACAGUCUCCAUCGCCGGAGAAUAUUCCGAUUAUCGUUACUCACUCGGCAAACGCCUAACAAGACUCUCAAUUCAAGAUGUAAUCGCUACGGCGGUUCGAUCUAAACCUUUCCCUGUUGAUCAUCGGAAAGGGAUUUAUCUAGUUCUAACCGCCGAUGAUGUUACGAUGGAUGAAUAUUGCCGUGCGGUGUGUGGUUUCCACUACUUCACUUUUCCGUCGAAGGUAGGUUACACUCUCCCUUACGCUUGGGUAGGAAACUCCGGCACACAGUGUCCGGAGGUUUGCGCGUAUCCAUUCGCGGUACCGAGUUACAUGGCGGGAGGUGGACCAGGGAAACUCUCGCCGCCGAACGGGAACGUCGGAGUAGACGGAAUGGUGAGUGUCAUUGCUCAUGAAUUAGCUGAGCUUUCGUCGAAUCCGCUUGUGAACGCGUGGUACGCCGGUGAGGAUCCGACGGCGCCGACGGAGAUUGGUGAUUUGUGUGAGGGUUUGUACGGUACCGGCGGUGGUGGUGGUUAUAUCGGAGAAGUUAUGAAGGAUAAAAGUGGAAAAACGUUUAAUGUUAAUGGGAUUAGAGAUAAAAAGUUUUUGGUUCAAUGGGUUUGGAGUAAUGUUUUGAAUGCUUGUGCGGGUCCCAAUGCUGUUGAUUUGAAUUGAGUUGAGACAUACCCAACGCUAUUCAUUCUUUAAUGUCAUUUUACUGCUAUGGUUUUCUAGUAGUUGCUACUUUCCCCUCAUGUAUCAUGUAUAUUAAUGUAACAAUGUUUUUGUAAUUUUAUUUUCUCUACUCGAGGAAAUUCAUUAAUAUUAUAUUA